CUUAUCUCUCUCUCCAGUCUCUCCAAUCUCACUCCAGGUCUUUCCACAGCCCCCGUACUUUCCUCCUCUCGAAGACCCUUCGCCUUCUUUGUCACUCGUUCAACUACAACGGUAUCUUUCUGCCUUCGGGCUCAAUCUGCGCACUCGAGAAGCUUCAUUUUGCUUCCCGUCACUCCAUUCGCUCCUAUCUAAUCGCCAGCUGGUCAUGCUCUGUGGAUAGUCUCGAGUCCAAAUGGGCAAGUGGCGUUAUGGCGUCGUCCUGGACGCUGGAUCGUCUGGGACCCGUGUACACGUUUAUCGUUGGUUGCGCAAUGCUGCGGCUCGUAAGAAGGCCGAUGUGAAUGACUUGAAGUCGCUUCCUGAGAUCAAAACCAAGGAGGAAUGGGUGAAGAAGAUCCAUCCUGGUGUUUCUUCCUUCGCCAAUCGACCCGAGUCUGUCGGGACCGAGCAUCUGGCGGAGCUUCUGGCACAUGCGAAGAGCAUUGUCCCGGACGAAGAUGCCAGAGACACCCCAAUCUUCCUGCUUGCGACGGCCGGUAUGCGACUCCUCGGAAACCUUGAACGACAGCUUCUCCUCGAUCAAAUUUGCAGCUAUGCUCGUGCCAAUACCGACUUCCUGCUCCCCGACUGCGGUGUUCAUAUUCAGGUUAUCCCGGGAGUGACGGAAGGAUUGUAUGGAUGGAUUGCGACAAAUUAUUUGAUGGAAGCUUUCGACGCGCCCGAGAGACACGACCAUGGAAAAGGACAUCACACCUAUGGAUUCUUGGAUAUGGGAGGUGCUUCGGCCCAGAUUGCAUUUGCGCCGAACGCCACGGAGACGGAGAAGCACGCCAAUGACCUGACUCUUCUACGCCUCAGAAACAUCGACGGUUCGGUUCAGGAGCAUCGGGUCUUUGUCACCUCGUGGUUGGAGUUUGGCGUGCACGAAGCUCGGCGUCGGUACGUGGAGGCGUUGCAGAUCGCGGCAGGCCCCGAGGCCCAAGAGCUUCCAGACCCCUGUCUGCCGGAGGGGUUGCGCACCACGUUGGACGGGAAGGAUGCUGUGCCGGUUGACGCUGCAGGACCUUCUCUAAUCGGUACGGGCAAGUUUGACGAGUGCCUGCGGCAGACCUAUCCUUUACUGGACAAGGAUGCACCUUGCUUGGAUUAUCCUUGUCUUCUCCAUGGCAUUCACGUCCCAGCUAUCGACUUCGACGUGAACCAUUUCAUCGGCAUCAGUGAAUACUGGCACACUACUCAUGAGAUUUUCGAAAUGGGAUACAAGGACAAAGCCUACGACUUCAACACAUACCAGGAGCGGGUCAAGACUUUCUGUUCGCAGGACUGGGCGUCCAUUGAGGACGGAAUUCAUGCACACAAAUGGGGAAAGAAGGUCGACCAACAAAAGGCCAACGAAGUAUGCUUCAAGGCAUCGUGGAUCAUCAAUAUGUUGCACGAUGGUAUCGGAGUACCUCGAGUUGGCCUUGAAGAUACCUCGGGCUCACUUCAUAAUGGGACCAAGGAAGUUCUCGCUCACACUAAAGAGAAGGGCUAUUUGGAUGCAUUCCAGGCAGUGAACAAGAUUGACUCGACUGAAGUAAGCUGGACGUUAGGCAAGAUCGUUCUCUACGCUUCUUCGCAAGUCCCCGCUCAGGUUGAGGAAGCGGCUCUGCCCGUUGGGUUUGGCAGUAACGUUGCUGGGAUUCCUCCAGACUUCCAGUAUCCCAGUGUGGAGUUACUUCCUGAUUCUGAGGGAUUCCACAGUGAACACUGGCAUGAUUCGCUGUUUGAUGGAGACUCGCCCCGCCGAAUCCCCGGAAUUCUUUUGUUCGUUUUUAUCGUUAUCGUCGCAGGCUUCUUCCUAUGCGGCCGCAGCCGCCGGUCACGUAUCUAUCUGAAGAUCAACAACUUGCUCCGUCGUGGUGGACCCUCUCAUCCCAACCACCCAAAGAAGCGAAAGGGAUUCGGUGCGAUGCUGCCAUUCUUGAACCGGAACGGAGCAGCCUACGAGCGUGUCAUGGAAGAAGGCGCGCAAGAUUUUGAACUUGGCGUGACCGACUCCGACAGCAGUGACGCGGAUCCUGGCCGCUCUUCUGAGGGUGAUUCAAUGGGCUUGCGGCCACCGAAGCGAGCCUCUAGCUGGGGUAGCAGCAGCAACCUGCCCGGCUUGAAAUAUACACUCGAUAACACAUCAUCAGGCACCAUUGGCUUGGGGAUCAGCGGUGGUUCGGGGAUUGCCAUGGAUCGGGCUGGCCUGGUGGUCAGGACUGAAAGCCGAGACCAUCUGGCUCCCAUCGCACUAGGGCCUACUACUAAUGGCCGUCGAUCGAGAGCUACCAGUCCCACACGGUCUCACCAUCAAAAAUCCCCCAGCAUGACCCCCCUUGCUGAUGAUUGACGUGACUGAUGCAUCUUGAACUGAAUUAUGUACGCUUCUCGAUUUCCGACAUGUUUUUUGUCUUUUCCCGCGUUUGCAUCGCAUUAUCAACUGGAGUUGACUUUCUGGAACGCGAGUGUUGGUGUUUGAUCCGGCGCAACUCGUCGUGCUUUGUUUUUCUCCCUCCUGUAGGGAACAUUUUCUCAUUCGGGGUGAUGCUGCACUGUGAGCAGCAUACACUUUCCAUUCUUGGUCCCAUAUUCUACCGUGUGUGCUCUGGAGUACUUUCUUUUUGGGGUGCUUGUGAUCUGAUGCGGGUGAUUUCGAUUUCAAGGCAGUGUACCACUAGCACUCUGCUACAGAUGUUUUUAAUGAAGAUAGACUAAUACAUUGCUCGCUCAACUUCUCAAAGA